UCUCUCUGUGUGUGCCGGGUCAGGAUGGAAAGGCUUACACAGGCAGGGGAGGAAACAUGUCAUGAGAGGUGAUGACACAGAACCGGAGAGAUAUCCAAGUUCGCCGCUCGCCGCUGCUUCUCCCGCUCCUGCUGCUUUUACUGCGUCCCACAGAGGAGAGAGAGAGCCAAAGAUAGCCUCCGUCCUCCCCCCCCACCUCUCUCGCUCUCUCUCUUUUUCACUUUGUUUGUGGAUGAUGGGAUUUUAAUCAUGUGGAAGACGGCUGAGCGGCUCUUCUGGAUUUCGCUGACGCUGCGCCCGGUCCCGCCUGGCCUCCUCUGAGCAGGAUGGAAACUCUGGAGUCAGAGCUGACCUGCCCAAUCUGCCUGGAGCUCUUUGAAGACCCGCUGCUGCUCCCCUGCGCCCACAGCCUGUGCUUCGGCUGCGCCCACCGCAUCCUCAUCUCCCACUGCGCUACCAACGAGCCCGUUCAGAGUAUCGGCGCCUUCCAGUGCCCCACCUGCAGAUAUGUCAUUUCCUUGAGUCCUGAGCGCGGACUAGAAGGACUAAAGAGAAACGUGACCCUGCAGAACAUUAUCGACAGAGUCCAGAGGGCCUCAUCUUCCGCCGGGCUGCCUCUACCGCUGCCCGCGCCCCUCAGCGGGCCCAACUCUCCCAGCGAGGAAGGGAGCAACAGACUGGCGCUGGUCCCAGUCAGCGCCGCCAUGUCCAGCCCGGGGACGCCCCCCGAGCCGAUCCAGUGCCAGUUCUGCGAGCAGGACCCGCCGCAGGAUGCCGUGAAAACGUGCGUGACGUGCGAGGUGUCGUACUGCGAGGAGUGCCUCCGGGCGACGCACCCCAACAAGAAGCCGUUCACGGGCCACCGGCUCAUCGAGCCCAUGCCGGACUCCCACCUCAGGGGGCUCCAGUGUCUGGAGCACGACGAGGAGAAGGUGAACAUGUACUGUGUCACCGACGACCAGCUCAUCUGCUCACUGUGCAAGCUGGUCGGGAGGCACAGGGACCACCAGGUGGCAGCACUGAGCGACCGCUAUGAAAAACUCAAGCAAGCCCUGGACUCCAACCUGACCAACUUGAUCAAGAGGAACAAUGAGCUGGAGUCACUCAUGGGGAAACUAAUACAGACAUGUCAACAUGUAGAGGUGAACGCAUCCCGCCAGGAGGGCAAGCUCGUCGAGGAGUGUGAUCUCCUGAUUGAAAUCAUUCAGCAGAGGAGGCAGAUCAUUGGCAGCAAGAUCAAAGAGGGGAAGACACAAAGGCUGCGGAAGCUCGCCCAGCAGAUCACCAACUGCAAGCAGUGCAUCGAGAGGUCCUCCGCCCUCAUCACACAGGCCGACCAGACGCUGAAAGAAACCGAUCACGCUCGCUUCCUACAGACUGCCAAGAGCAUCAACGAGAGGGUCUCCAUGGCAACUGCAUCGACCCAAGUACUGAUCCCUGAGAUACACCUGACGGACACCUUCGACACUUUUGCUUUGGACUUUGCCAGAGAGAAGAAGUUGCUGGAGAAUCUGGAUUAUCUCACUGCUCCGAGUGCUCCGAGCAUAAGGGAGGAGCUGUGCACGGCUUCCUACGACACCAUCGCCGUGCACUGGACGUCUGAUGAUGAAUUCACAGUGGUGAGCUACGAGCUGCAGUACGCCAUCUUCACUGGACAGUCCAACAUUGCCAGUCUGUGCAACUCACUGGAGAGCUGGAUGAUUGUUCCGAACAUCAAGCAGAACCACUACACAGUGCACGGUCUGCAGAGCGGCACCAAGUAUAUCUUUGUUGUCAAGGCCAUUAACCAAGCGGGGAGCAGGAGCAGCGAACCGGGGACUCUGAAGACCAACAGCCAGCCGUUCAAGCUGGACCCCAAAUCGGCCCACAAGAAGCUCAAAGUGUCCCACGAUAACCUGACAGUGGAACGGGAUGAAACCACGUCAAAGAAAGGCCACAGCCAGGAGCGCUUCACCAGCCAGAGCAGCUACGGCGUGGUGGGGAACGUCUACAUCGACAGCGGUCGUCACUACUGGGAGGCUCUGAUUGGAGGGAGCACAUGGUACGCUGUGGGCAUAGCCUACAAAUCGGCCCCUAAGCAUGAGUGGAUCGGCAAGAACUCGGCCUCCUGGGUCCUCUGCCGCUGCAACAACUCCUGGGUCGUCCGCCACAACAGCAAGGAGCUGGCCAUCGAGCCGUCUCCCCACCUGCGGCGCGUCGGCGUCCUGUUGGACUACGACGCCGGCUACGUGACCUUCUACGACGCCGUGGGCUCCCAGCACCUCCACACGUUUCACGUCUCCUUCGUGCAGCCCGUGUGUCCCGUGUUCAACGUGUGGAACAAGUGUCUGACCAUACUCACUGGUUUACCCAUCCCUGAUCACUUAGAGGGACUGGAUCCCGAAGACUGAAACCUGCAUAACUUUGUUUUAGUUACAUUAAAGCUGCACUGGGAAAGAUUUGUGGAAAUGGUCUUUUUAAGGAGAGAGAGAGAAGAAGAGUGUCCCAUUCUUUUUAAAUCAUACAGAUACUACAGUUUGAAUAGUUGCACUUUUGCGUCGCCCAAAAAACUAUAAAAUAAGAAGCUAGUAGUCAGUCAGUCCUGGAAAACCUGACCCAACCUAUAUUGAAGUAUUAUAGCACAUGUUUCUAUCAGGUAUAAGAAGAAAAAUACACAGAAAUUACUUUUUUUCUCUCUGUAUAUUUUGGGAAUUAAUUCCAAACAUUGGGGAAGAAAGUCACAAAUCUGAAUGUUGAGGGUAAAGUCAAAUGUUGGGGGGGAAAGGAUGCAUUGUUGAGGAUGAGUUAAACUAUUGAGAAUAGUCACUAUUACAUCUUAAUUUGCCAAAUUAAUUUCCGCAAAAUGACCCAGUGCAGCUUCAUGUGUUAAGGGACGACAGUUAUUUGCUGUGAUUUCUUAAAGCGAGAGUGACUUGAAAAGCUUGAAGCUGAACCCUCUUUCAGGUGGACGACAGUAAGCCGGGUUCAAUUCGGAAGAAACCAGAACAAAUGGACUAAGUUGAUCCAGACAUUGCGACUGGGAGCUUCCCAAAAUGGGUACAUUUGUACAACUAGGGAACAAGCCAGGAAUCUGUUUCUAAUUUUCACCUUAUCUGAUACAGCACUUUGAAACACCCCUCCCACACAAACACACACUGCAUACACCUCAACGCUAAUCAAUCACGGUUGCUGGGCAGAGCAGAAAUAGGGAUGUACAUUGUUUUGUAAAUUUUUAACACCUCCCCCCCGCCCCCGCUAUCCUUCCCUUGUUUUAAUAAGAUGGAACCAAAGUAGCCGUUGCUGUCUGUUCAGAUGUCUUUACAGAAAUGUUACAUAACUUAAUACAUUCUUAAUUAUUUUUUGAAAAAAAGCAACAGAGAGAGGAAAUAGCUUUUGUGCUAAUAUUAAAUGCAGGAUUCCCUUAACGGUAGACCUUGUUUUUGCACAUCCUUUCUUACUUUAUCCAUGGCGGGAAACCUGCUCCUUGUUGGUGCAAUCAACAUGCAUUUAAAAUGGGAAAGUGUUGCGUUUUUUUUGUUAGAUUUUUUUGUGUGAAUCUUUUAUUUUAGCAGCCAGAUACGUACUGCCAGUUUGAUUUUAUGUGAUGCAAUAUUAUGUGAGUUGUGUUAUGGUUGUAGCCCCGAAUGCUAGUAUUGGAGCUAAGGGGCUAAAUGCACAUUUUGGGUGGAUAUAAAGCUGUUUAAUCAUUGAUUUCCUUUUCAGAAAAGAGUGUCUUCCCAUUUUAUCCAGUGAUUUUACACGCUGAGGUCUUAUUUAAUUUAAUAUAAAUGCAGCAUAUUUUUGAAAAGGUUGCCAUACUCUAUAAAAAAAAAAAACAAAUAUUCUUCCCUUUAUUGAGACAACAGAGCUAUAAAAAAAUGGGGCUGGCCUCGUACUUGUUGCACCUUGAUGAUGUCAGAAGGGUGCACAUCAGUCGUCAUUUCACUCAUUGGCUGAUUCAUGAUUUCAAUUCUCCCUAAUAACUUGAUUUUUAAAGGUCACAUAUUUACCUUAUUUUAAUAUUAAAUAAGUCUCAGAGCUCCCCAAAACAUCUCUUCGAAGUUUCUAGUUCCUGUAUAUGAUCAUGCCUAUAAACCCCCUCUAUUUCAGCCCUGCUCAGAACAGGCUGUUUCUGUGUCUGUAGCUUUAAAUGCAAAUGAGCGGAGUCUGACCACGCCCCCUUUUCUGAAAGGGGCUGUGGCUUCGGCUUCUCUCUCCAUUGACCUAUUGUUUACGGUGAGAAGGCAGACUCAGAGGGCAGAACAAACACCUAGCUGUUGGAGUGUCACCCACCUGGGGGAGGGGCUACAGGCCUUUGUGAUGUCAUAAAGGGAACAUCUCUAAAUGACCUGUUUGAGCACACAUUUUCUGAAAAGUGUGAGCAGGCAAAAGAUGUAGAUGAGAUUCGGAAAUUUGACUCUUAAUUCUUUAUCCUGUAAUACAUUUUUUCUGUGAG